AUGACAGGCACGUCCAAGCAUCAAAGCCACUCGCAGAAGAUCCAAGACAAAAUGACCGAAGAAGACGUUCAAGCUAUUGUCGUGGACAACGGCCCCGGUAUGUGCAAGGCUGGUUUCGCCGGCGACGAUGCUCCGCGCGCCGUAUUCCCAUCGAUCGUGGGUCGCCCCAAGAAUAUGUGUGGUGUUUUCCGGAGUUGUUGA